CCUGGCAGGCUUAUUAAGAAGUUGAGCUCCAGCUGUCGCGGGGGGGGGGGGGGGCAAGGAGCUAAGUAACUGUAUCGUGUCUGUCUGUGCUCUGUUGGUUAUUCAGCACCGCACUGGCGGGUGUGUCGUGUUAAGGCUUCGAUCUUAAGCGCCCUGCCUUAGGAAGCAAGUUCUACUGAACUCCGCGUUACUGUCCGAUUAAGGAUGCGGCUUAGGACAGGACUGCACGGCACGUAAAGGGCCAGCCUGCUCAGAGGCACGGACAGUGUGACUUAGACAGCAGUCAGUCCCCCCCGAAUCCUAUGCCGCUUACUCGGUGUGUGCACUGCACAUAGCCGCGCAGAACCCAUCAAGGAUCAACAUCCCAAACGGCGGCCCCGAAUCCCUCCCACAAAGGGCUCCCAUCCCUGGAGGAAAACCCCCUUUUUUUCCCUCGGAACCCCCCCGGCGCGUGUUCCAACUUCCACCGCCUUCAGCCCGGGCGACCAAUGCCGCCCCCGCGCUGCUCCCGUUCUCUGUGUUAGGCAUGACCGUUGACCAGGCGGCAGCAGCAGCAGCAGCAGUACUUUGGGCUGCAGAAAUAUCAGGCUCGCGCGGAAGGGCUGCGGCGGCAGCCCGCUGAUUGGGCGAAGCGAGCGGGGAGGUUGCGGGAGAGACCGGGCAGCCGGCAGUCUCCAAGGUUACGAGAGAGACACAAAUCACUGCGGAGUAGCGUGGGAGGUUAAUCACACCCCGCUUCAGCAGCCAGGGAGGCCACGCCACGGGACCCGGCUUGGCCCCAUCAUCACGCAGCUUAAUAAUGGUAUCUCAAGAGGAGGUGCAAUCUUACCCCUUUGUAGAUAUAUAUGAUGAAGAUGAAGCAGACAGACUCUUCCUUAUGUCUAAGCCUACCUGCUUUCUCAUCCUUGGAAAACCAGGUACUGGGAAGAAAACAUUAGCUAAAAGAAUAGCCCAGAUUUGGAAAUGCACACUCAUAGACGCUUUGGAGCUUAUAGAUGAGAACAUAACAGCAGAAACAGAAUACGGACUCAAGAGUAAGGAAUUGCUUUACCAAGGUCAAAGUAUUCCUGAAGAACUUGUUAUAAAGAUGCUUCAAGUAAAGCUUGAAUCUCCAGAAGUUAUUCACUUUGGUUAUGUUCUCUGUGAUUUUCCUUCUCUUUCAGAGGAAUACAUGAUUAUACCAGAACAGAUAGAUUUAAUUAAGAAUCUAAAAUUAAAACCUGAUUUCCUCAUUAAUAUUAAGUGUCCUGAUUAUGAUUUGUGCCAAAGAAUUUCUGGACAAAGACAGCUCCCUGAAACAGGGCAUAUAUUCCAAAGGGAGGAGUGGGAUCCUGAUAUAAUUGAAAAACGGAGGAAAAAGAAGAAGGAAUCGCGUAAAACUGCAGAUGAGGAGGAAGAAGAGGAAGAGGAAGAGGAGGAGGAAGACGAGACAGAUGAGGCAUUAGCUGAUCAAGUCAUGUUGACAGAAAUUUUACCUAAUUUAGUGCAGAGACCAGAAGAUUUUUUUGAAAAUGUACAAGGGAGAGUUACUAUCUAUAAGGAUACUAUGCUACAGCUUCUAGAGGAAUUAAUGGCUGAACAUGAUUCCCAGUAUCUUAUUGAACUAGAUGGAAAUAAGCGUGCAGAAGAACUCUUUACAUCAGUAAUAAUCCGUCUUCAGUCCAUGGGCAUACGAAAUGGAGCCCUUAUCACCAGAUUACAAAGUGCAGAGGAAGAAAUGUUUGAUGGAGUAGAAAAUGAUGAACUUUUUCGGAUCAUUGCAUCCUAUAAACUUGUAGCACCUAGAUACAGAUGGCGUCGCAGCAGAUGGGGACGAGCAUGUCCUGUGGCUUUAAAAGAUGGUGAAAUUGUAAUGGGAUCACCAGACUUAGCAGUCAGCUUCUUAGGUAAGAUGUACAUUCUUUCAACAGAGGAAGCACUAAAAGCAUUUAUGCUGAAUCCUCGGCCCUACCUACUACCACCCAUGCCCCUUCCACCUUGUAAAGUUAUAGUAGUUGGAUGUCAAUUAUCUGGUAAAUCAGCCCUCUGUAAACUGAUUGCAAGCCAUUAUACAGGAAAGGUUCUUGAUAUGGAUAUUCUUCUUCAAAGACAUAUUGAAGAAGCAAGAGUAGUGCUCAUUAAGAGGACUCGUAGUGAAGCAACAGAGACAGGCAUUGCCAAAGUGAAAGAAAAACUUGAACUUGAGCGACAGAUAAAGGAACUAGCUGCACUAGCUGCUACAGAACUUGCUGAGAGGGAAACAGAUGAUAAUGAAGAGAGUGUUCCAGAGGAAGAAGGAAGUUCAGUACUACCCAGUGUUGAAACAUCUGUUAGCCCAAGAGAGAGUACUAUAAAAGAAGAGGAUGAGACUGAAGAAGCUUCUAGAUCCCAGACUGAAGAACAAACUGACUCCUCAAUGAAAUCAUCAGAAUUGACGGUUACUUCUGACCACCCAGAGGUCCAAGAAAUAGUAGAGAAAGCUAUUGAAGCUGCAAUGCUGGCUCCAAUAACGCUCCCACCAGAAACAUAUGCUGAUGCAUUAGAAGAAGCCGUCAUAGAGCUUACUAAAACAAAUAAGGCCAGAUAUCCUGGUGCUUCAGAAAAAGGAGGAUGGGUAGUGGAUAAUUUUCCUCCAUUGCCAGAGCACUGGGCAGCUUUGUCAGAAAAAGGACUACUUCCUGAUAUUCUGAUUUGUUUGAAGAAUGCUGAACAAAAUGGAAGAGUGUUGUUAAAUAGAUUGUAUCUAGCAAAUAAAGAAGAAAUUGAUUCUAAGAUUAUAAAAAGACUUACAGAUGAAGCUUUAAAAAAGAAAGAAGAAGAAGAAGAAACAAGAAAAGAACUGCAAGAAUUGUUGAGACUUCAAGAAGCUGCUGAAGAAAAAGAAUCCAUAGAUCUUGUAGAGCAGCAGUCUUUGUCUGAAUCAGACCAAGUUCAUCCAUUUGAAUCUUCUGCAUCUAAAGAGAAAAUAAGAUCUAAAGAGUCAGUAGUAUCUGGGAGUCAGCUUGAUGAAGCACAACAGUCUCUUGGAGCACGGCUAUCUACUGAAACACAGCAGUUGGUUGAUUUCACAGAGCAGCAGACACUUAGAACAGAAUCAACAGAAUAUCUUGCAAGUGAAGAACAAAUGGAGUUGCCAGUUAAGCCAAGAAGCAUUGCAUCUGAACUAGGAGUCAAGCUACCUGAGUUUCCUGAGGAUGGCUUCCCAGAUGUACCAGAAAUAGAGCCACUUAAAAACAAACUUACCCAGUUCAUGCAUCAGUGGCAAAAGUUGGAGCCAGCAGUCACAGAGUCACCUUUAGUUCAGAUUGCUGAUUUAGAGCUUGAAGGACAGACUACAGAGAUGCUGUAUAAUCAGAGUAUUCUGGCUAUGGAGCAACCUUUUAAGUAUCAUGGCUGGGAACUGGGUCCUGAAGACGAAGAUGAAGAACAAGAAGAUUUGCAGGCUGAAGCAGAUGCAUUGGCAGAGGAAGAAGAGGAGGAGGAGGAUGGUGAUGAAGAAGAGGAGGAGGAGGAAGAAGAUGAGGAAAAAAUUGCUCAAAAGAAGAGACACAUGGGAGACACAAAGCAUUUUUGUCCAGUGAUUCUGAAGGAAAACUUUAUUCUUUAUCCAGGAAGCCCUGAAAAUGCAGCUAAAUAUAGAGAAAAAUACUACUAUUUUUCAACUCCAGAAAACAGAGACAAAUUUUUGGAAAACCCUGAAGAGUAUGUAACUCACAACGAACCACUAAAAGCUCCCCCUAUAAGAGUAUUACUCUUAGGUUCACAUGGAGCAGGCAAAACCACCUGUGCCCGAUGGUUAGCAGACAAACUAGGCAUCUUUCACAUUCAGUUUGACGAACGCUUACAGGAAUUGAUCAGGAUCAAAACAGGACACAGAGUUGGACCAGAAGAAGAAGAAGAAGAAGAUGAGGAAGAUUCUGCUGCUCUAAUGCAAGAAAUCGUAGAAUCCAGUCCAACUAUUCCUGAUACUGUAACUGAAGUUGAACUUGAGAGUGAAGAGGAGACUAGGCGAACUCAAGAUAAAGAAAUGCAAUUAACAGAUGAGGAAGAAGCAAUCAAAGCAAACUUAAUAGAAAAUGAACCCUUGCCCGCGGAGGUUCUUGACAAUAUUGUUCCUGAAUGGUGGACAAAGGAGCCAUUUCGAUCAACAGGGUUCAUACUGGAUGGUUUUCCCCGAACCACAGAAGAGGCCCAGUAUUUAGCAGAGCGUUCACUUUGUCCCGAUAUUGCAAUGUUCCUUGAAGUUGAAGAAGAUGACAUUUCUGCCCGCCUUCUUCCCCCUUGUAUACAAAAAUGGAAAGAGAAACAAAACAGAAAAAUGGAAAAGAGGCAGCAGCUGAGGGAAAUGAAGGCAAAAAUCAGAGAGGAACUUAUUGCCAAAAGAAGGGCAGAACUUGUAACAGAGCUAACAAAAAGGAGACUGGAGAGUUCUGCAGCAAGGCUUGACGGUGAGAUUGCUGAUGAUGAGGAUGAUGAGGAGGAUGAAGAUGAUAUUGAAGCUCUUCUGGAAGAUGAGUUUCCAAAAGAAGAAGAUGAGGUAGAAGAUGAGGAAGAGGAACAGGAGGCAGAGGCUAUUGAUCGCAUGAGAAAUGAAAUUUCAGAGAAAUAUGAAACAGAUAUUAAUAAUAUGCAAACAAUACAGGAGGAACUGGAAAAAUUAUUGAUACCCCAAAUAACACUUGGAUGCACGCGAAAACCUCGCAUUGUGUGCUACCAAUUGCAUAAAAAGCUGAAGGACCUAGUAGAAAAUCGUGAAAGCAUUUUUGAGAAGUGUUAUCCAUUAAGUUUAUCACUUGCACGCAAGAUAAUAGCUCUUUCCUAUAAACAUCCAAGUAAUUUUGGUCAGUGGGACCCAAUCAAGCUAAGUGAAGGAGAUGCAAUCAAGCCUUAUCAAGAUCAGUUUACUCCAAGCUUUCCAGUUAUCCAUCGAAACUGUGUUUAUUUCUUUACAAGUAAAGAAAAUAGAGAUAAAUUCAUGAAAAAUCCCAUCAAAUAUCUUCGCCAGCCCAAACCUAAAUCUACUGUUCCAGUUAAAAUUGCAAUUGUUGGGCCUCCAAAAUCUGGAAAGACCACAGUUGCCAAGAAGUUUGCAAGUGUAUAUGGAGUAAUGCGCCUUUCCAUGGGAGAUGCCAUCCGUAUGAUUUUAAAUAAUCAGCCAGACACCGAAUUAGCACUUGUGUUGAAGUGGCACCUUCACAAAGGAUUGACUGCCCCUGAUGAACUUGCCAUGAAGGCUCUAGAUAUUGCGUUGAUGGAUACUGUGUGUAACACUGCAGGAGUUGUUAUUGAUGGGUACCCUGUGACAAGAAAACAAGUAGGCCACUUAGAAGAUAUUAAAAUAAUUCCAGUAAAAAUCUUCGAGUUAGACAUUGAUGUGAAGGAGGUUUUCAGAAGAGCACUACAGGAUAAGCAAAGCCCUAACAGGCCUCCUUAUCCCAUACACGACAGCACCAGUAUUCUUUCUAUCAAGAAUUCAUGUUACAGAGCACAAACUGAAGAAAUCAGAGCUUACUAUGAGGACCAGCACGAGAACUGGUAUGUGAUAGAUGGAUCCCAUAGCAAAUGGUGGAUCUGGAACAAAGUGCUUGAGGAAACUCAAAAGAUCACUAAACAAAUCCAGAUCUAUCUGGAAAGAAUACGACAAGGAAAAGCAGCCAGUAUUGCUGACCUGUGUAUUUCACCACAAGAACUGCUGUCUCGGCUGGGAGAGUUUGGGCAGUACUGUCCUGUCAGUCUGGCAGAAAAGGGAGAGCUUGUUGAUUGUUCUGGAACUCGUUCUCUGCAGUUUGCAGCAGAGUUUCGAGGACAUUACUACAAAAUGGCUGGACAAGAAGAACUGAAUAAAUUCCUGAAUGCACCAGAAUUGUAUGUGCCACCAUUAGCACCUCAUCCACUUCCUCUUCCAAAUAUGCUACCAAAGAAACUGACUGCAGCAGAAGUUAAGGCUUUAUUCCCUAUGAAAGCUGAACUGCAAGGAUAUUGUCCAGUCACCUAUCUAGAUGGCAAGCAAAGGUAUGAAGCCCUGGUACCCGGCAGCAUUGAAUAUGCUGUGCUUUAUCGCCAAAAGCUGUAUAUUUUUGAAUGCGAAGAAAAACUUCAGAAGUUUAUGAGAUUACCAGAAAAAUACUGGAAUCAGACACUUCCACAAAAACUUCCCCCCAAGAAGGAGCCAAUAUUGCUAACAGCUCUUCCCUUGACUGGAUACCUUGAACAGGGAGUAGCAACAGCUCUGAUAAAAGCUAUGAAUGAAGUAGGUUGUUUAAAGCCAAAAUUUCCAUUUCUAAGUGUGAAAAAAACUGCUCUGCUAUUCAUAGCCUAUCAUUUGAAAGCAUAUAACCCCAGGAGCUCAGAUUAUGUACGGAAGAAAUACAAGAGGAAGUUAGAACGGUUCAUAGAUCAUUGUGAACUUAUCCCCUAUCUGGGUAUCAAAAUGACACAGAAGUAUAAGGAGCCUCAAAAUCGACCUAUUGACUUCAAUCACAAAUUACAGACCUUUUUGUCUCUCAAAGAUGUGGACCCAAUGUCUUAUUAAUUUGAAAUGCUGCACAUCUGUGAAGAAGUCAUGCAUUCAUAUCUCAAUGCUUUACUAUGAAGAAAUGGACUUAUUACAUGUGGAUCUUGCCCUACAAAAGACUGUUCUGUAGUUUCAUGGAAAUUAACCGGAUUACUUGCAAAAAUGAUAGCAAUAGACAUUGCUGUCAACAAAGACAUUGGCGAGUGAAUCUUGCAGCCCUUACUCAUUCUUGCUGCUGCUUGGAAAUCCAUUGAAUCAAUUUAAAUGGCCCCUACUUCCAAGUAUGUAUUUACAAGUGAGGCAUACUCCUACAACAUUCUUCAACUAAUGAUAAAAACCCCAUUCUCUUUAAAUGGUUACAUUAUCAUUUUAAAAAAUCAGUUUUAAUGCAAAAUUAUUACAAUCUAUUGCUAUGUAUACAUUUAAUACAGUUUUAUUUAAAAUACUUUAUUUAAAAUGUAUUAUAUGGCCUUAGAGCAUGCUUUUGACUUUCUUUUAUUAAUUACUUUAUUUUCCUAAUUAAAUACUUACUUCCUCAGUUAGUGAAAUACUAGCUUCCACCUUUCUUAUACUUCAAAUAAAACAAUAUUCAGCUUGUAA